AUGGUCAAGCUCCCGGCCGACGAGGCAGAACUCCACGUCUCGUCGGGCCUCCCCGUGGACUCCAUCUUCGCGAGCACCGACGACGGGGUGCUGCUGCGGUACGCGAGCGUCGACGCGUUCCGCGUGAAGGUGUGGGCGCUGCAAGAAUCGGCGGAUGGAGGUGGACAGCUGGAGUGGACGCUGACGCACGACAAGGACCUCGCCGUGCACGCGCGCAUGCUGGACCUGCUUCAUCACGCGCCGUCCAACUGCGUUCCGCUCGCCACUGGAGAAGGGAGAGGUGGAGGCCGAGGCAAGAGCGUCUGGUUCUCCGACGAGGACGCCGAGGAAGUUGGCAGUGGUGACGUGGGCGACGGGUGCUCCGCCUCCGGGCGGUGGAUGAGGUGCUCGACGUCGGGGCCGGCGCCCAGACUCAGUUCUCGAUCCUGGGGUGUCACCCGAGCAAGGAGGUGA